AUGAUGCCAUUCCUCCUUGAAAUGCGAUAUGCAGAUAUGAAAUCAAACAAUAUAUCUUAUGAUUUGGCCGAACGAGAUAAUACCUUGGCUGAAGCUCAGACUUAUGCUAAUUUUGCCACAGAUUGGAUAAGAUCUAGGAAACUUUUCUAUAUGGAUGUCUUCUCACAACUUCGAAAGAGGAUAAUUAAUCUGAAGAAAAAUUCUUCGGAAGCAACAGAUAUGAGUAGUUCGAUGAUUGAUGAGACAGAUAACAAAAUGUUCGGAGCUACUUUUGAAAGGGAUUAUGAAACUUCUAAAAUGAUGGAAAUUAUUACUUCUAAAUUAGAAAAAGUAAUUUGUCCUGUUGUCAAAACUAUCCCUAAGAUGUCUCCUAGUAGUACUGUAACAUAUAAAGCAAAAAAAGUGGCUUUUAAAACGAUCGAACCUAUUGAUGGUGAAAAUGCAUCAACUUCCGGAAUAAACGAAAUAACAUGGAAAACCGAAGAAAUAAAUCCUGAAAUAGAGGCGCAAAUACAACUGAAGAAAGCAAAUAUUGUGCGAACUAUAAUUAAAUCUAUAAUUGUAAGUAGUAAUUCAGUGCAAAAAUUCAACAAUAUUGUUUUUGAGAAUGCGGCGCAAAUGUUACAGGAUAUUCAUACGAAGAAGAUAAUGGGUGAAAAGAUGAAAUGUAACAAUGUACUCACAAUCGAACAAUCAAAAUCCUUCAAAAACGACUUCAAUAUUUGCAUUACAUUUGCGCAUAGCGUUCGAAAUCGUAUCUGGAAUAUAAUUGAAUAUAUUGAUAAGAUUACUGAAUAUCUGAAAUUGAACGAGAAGGAAUUAGUACCAGGAAAAGAUGAUGAAUUUCGAUAUUUAGCUAAUCUUCAAAGUGAACUCUGUGAAUAUAUUGCAGCUUUUAGCAGAACUAUUAUUGCUGGUGAAGAAGCGGAAGCAAUAGUUGAAGAAACACGACAUAUACCCCUUAAUGACUUAUCUGAUCAACAAUCAAUUGAUUACGAAAAAAUAUUUUACAAUCAUUUAUCAAAUAUUGCAGAUUUAUCACAAAAUUUUAAAACAGCUUGGAAUGCUAGUGAUGCUUUUGCUGAUCUUUUGCAUUGCUUAUUCGUUUUACUCGUUGAUGAUAUCGAUGAUUUCUGGAGUAAUCUUCCUCAAUCAUCUAAUUGUGCUCUUUUCCAAAAAUUUAAUACCAAUAAUGUUCGAAUAACUACUACAACUAAUGCAUCACGUAAAUUUCUUGCUAUAACAUCGGGAAGAAUCAAUAUCCAAAACCUCAAACAAAUCACUAUCCCAAAAGCGACAGCCAUUGAAAUAGAAAUAUCGGCAGAUAAAUCGAAGAGGAGGACGACAUAUGUAUGA